AUGGACUCAGGCUCUUCCGAGACCGAUUGGAAUUCCAACAGUGAAUUCUUCAAAUUCACGCGUGGCCGCUUUAUUGUCGAUGAGGCAGAGAACCUCCGAAAGCGAGAGAUUAGAUUCGACCUUAACAGGCUCGCAAGAGUCGCAGCAGAUUCAAUCGGAGCCGCUCGAUGCGUCGAUAUCAAGAAGUAUCCCGACGGCAUGUUCAACAAAGCCUUCCUUAUGUCUAUGGAUGAUGGACGAGAAAUAAUAGCCAAGGUGCCAAACCCGAAUGCCGGCGUUCCGCACUAUACCACUGCCAGUGAAGUGGCCACGAUGGAUUUUGCCAGAAGGAUUCUUGACACACCAGCGCCUCGCGUAUACGCGUGGAACUCGCAAGCAGAAACGCAUCCCGUGGGGGCUGAAUUUAUCAUCAUGGAUAAGGUCGAAGGUGUUCCGCUGUCCCAAGUAUGGGGCACGAUGAAAUUAACUCAGAAGCUCCAAGUCCUUCUUGCUAUGGCACGCCUCCAGAAGCGAUGGCUGAGCGUUUCUUUCUCUCAUUACGGGAGCUUGUAUUAUAAGGGAGAUGUCCAGCCACCAGAAGGUAGCCACUAUAUCAAGGAUGGCAAGGCCGUCGGUGAUUCAGAGUUCGUUAUUGGUCUGUCUACAGGCCGGGACUGGUGUGAUGCAGGCCGAUCGAUUCUGGACGUUGAUAAGGGGCCAUGGGCUUCUUUAAUGCAGUUUCUCCAGGCAGUCGGCAUGCGAGAGAUGAAGGCUAUUCAGUGUCUAAAAGCCCCUAAACAGCUGGCCUUGUUCUGUGGCCCUAACCUCUACCGACCAGACACGGGAAAUAAAAGGACUGCUUUAGCUUACUACCAACAAGUCCUCGAUGCCCUUAUUCCCAAGGAUACAGCCAUCACCAAACCCUACCUCUGGCACAAUGACUUGCAUAAUGACAACGUCUUCGUAGACCCGGAUAAUCCCGGAACAAUUACGGGUAUCAUCGACUGGCAGUCAACUCAUAUCUCACCCCUCUUUAACCACAAUAUCGAUCCUGCUUUCCUCGACUGGGAUGGCCUCGAACCAGAGACCCUCGACCCUGCACCACGACCCGCUCUCUCCGGGCUUACACCAGAAGAACGCUCCGCGGCCGUACAGGAAUAUACGAUCCAAAACGUCCUCAUUGCAUGGAGAAAACUCAUGCAAGCCAAAAACCCAGAUUUAUAUCGAACAAUCGAGUUUCGAAAGACAACAGCGGACACCUGGGCGGACUUACCUGCCGUCACGAGCGAUGUGCCAUUCCCGUUUAACUUUUCGGAAGCAGACUACGAGCGUAUCAAAGAGGAUAGUGAUGACGCAGUGGCAGGAACUGAGCUCGUCGCAGAGGCCAAGGAGAGACUGGGCGAUUUGUGGCCUGACAAGGGCUUUAUCGAGCACGAGCGUUAUCAUGAUUGCAAAACUGCCCUUGAUGAAGUAAAGGGUCUGAUAUUGAAGCAAUUGGCUGAAACUGACGAGGAAAGGGCUGAAUAUGAGCGUUAUUGGCCAUUUGAUUGA